AUGGACCAGUACAACCAAACAACAGUGACUGAGUUUGUUCUCCUUGGUUUCCCCAAUGUGGAUGACAUACAGGUUUGGCUCUUUGCCUUGUUAUUGCUGGCCUACCUCUUCACUAUUUUUGGCAAUUUGCUCAUUUUUCUGGUCAUCCGACUUGAUUCUGCCCUCCACACACCCAUGUAUCACUUUGUCAGUGUCCUUUCCUUCUUGGAGUUAUGGUAUACAGCCACCACAAUCCCCAAGAUGCUUGCCAACUUACUUAGUGAGACAAAGACCAUAUCCUUUGCAGGUUGCCUAUUGCAGACCUACUUUUUCCAUUCCCUAGGGGCUUCUGAGUGCUACCUCCUCACAGCCAUGGCCUAUGACAGGUACCUGGCUAUCUGCAGGCCCCUUCACUACCCAGCAAUCAUGACCCCAGCACUCUGUGCCAAGAUGGCUGCAAGUUGUUGGACUUGUGGCUUCCUAUGCCCCAUCUCUGAAGUCAUCUUGGUCUCCAGACUCCCAUUCUGUGGCUACAAUGAGAUCCAGCAUAUCUUCUGUGACUUUCCACCCCUGCUGAGUCUGGCCUGCAAGGACACAUCCAUCAAUGUUCUGGUGGACUUUGCCAUCAAUACCUUCAUUAUCAUUAUCACCUUCCUUUUCAUUAUGGCAUCAUAUGGGAGGAUAAUUGGGGCUGUCCUAAAGAUCAAGACAGCAUCAGGGCGGAAGAAGGCCUUCUCUACCUGUGCUUCCCAUCUCAUAGUGGUUCUAAUUUUUUUCGGUAGCAUCAUCUUUAUGUAUGUACGAUUGAAGAAGAGCUACUCACUGACACUUGACCGGACCCUGGCUGUUGUCUACUCUGUGCUCACUCCACUGGUCAAUCCUAUAAUUUAUAGCCUUCGCAACAAAGAGAUCAUGAAAGCCAUUAAGAGGACCAUUCUCCGGUGGGGGGGACCAGCCAGUCCUACCCAUCACUAA